AUGUCAGUCUUAUCACUUUCCAUUGAAAAGGCAGAAACGAGUUAUAUCGAAGAGAAAACGUCAGUUGAAGAUGCAAAUGUUUUAAGUGAUGCGCAUAAGGACUACUUGAUAAAAACACACGGGACUUUGGACUUGGAUCCAUUACCUUCGAUGGAUGCAAAUGACCCUCUCAAUUGGUCCUCUUCAAUGAAGUGGACACAAUUAGGGAUGGUAGCUUUUCAUGCUUUUUCAACAACGUUUGUUGCGUCUAGCAUUAUUCCAGCAUUUAGUGCUUUGUCAGAGAAAUUCCACGUAAGUCUUGAUAGUGUUUCAUAUUUGGUAUCGGCGCAGAUAUUAGUUUUAGGAACUCUUCCUUUUAUCUGGAUUCCACUUAUGGCAAAAUAUGGAUCCAGAAAGCCUUUGACAAUUCUGACAUUGUUGUCUCUGAUAUUGAAUCUAGGAAGCAUUUUUGCAAAUUCAUACUCGUCUUUAAUGGCAUGCAGGGUUUUAGUUGCAUUGUUUUUAUCUUCAGGAAUUGCAACAGGGGGUGCAGUUGUACAACAAACUUCUUUCAGCCACCAAAGAAGUUCUCGUUCUGGUGCAUGGUCUGUUAUGAUAAGCAUAGGAAGUGUCAUGGGGCCUUUUAUCAUGGGAUUUGUGACGCAAAGAUGCGAUCCAAAAUAUAUUUUUGUCAUAUUUUCGGUCAUGAACUUCAUUCAGUUCUUAAGUUAUGUCUUGCUCGGGAAGGAAACCCUUUAUAACUACGAAGACUCUACGAGAAACAACACAGACAAAUUCAAUCAAUUGUUUGACUUUAAAGCAAUAAUGCCAGAACAAAAAUUCGGACUCAAGGUAAUAUUAGCACCAUUUCAAUUCCUCUAUCGUUCUCUGAGAGUACUUUUUAGUGGUUUCACAAUUGGCGUCGCUUUUUCAUUUUCUAAUAUUGCAUGCGUUAUAAUGCUUCCUAGUAUAUUUACAGCUAAAUUUCAUUUUGGUUCCCAACAAAUUGGACUUCAAUAUAUUGCCCAUCUCAUUGGGUUAUUGACAGGAAUUUUUCUUUCUGGCUGGGUAUCCGAUAAAUGGAUGCAAUAUGGUAAAAAGCAGAGUAAGGGGCCAUCAUUUAGGUUGUGGCUAUUAUACUUGGGGUACAUUUUAGGUGCCAUUGGGUUAAUUGAAUACGGUGUCGAACUACAAAAGAUAACAAGUUGGUCGGUAACGCCUUUAAUUGGAAUAGCAAUAACACUCUGUGGCCAUGAACUUAUCAACACAACUAUUUUAACUUAUGCCAUUGACAAUAAUCCUGAGAGGGCUUCAGAUAUUGCUACUUUCUGCAACUUUAUGAGAAUGUUACUAGCAUUUGUCGCCCCCUUCUAUUUGCCGAAAAUGUUUGAGAGUAAUUUGAAGUAUUCUGGCUCUUUUGGCUUAAUGGCGGCUUUACUAGUAAUUUCAGGAAUUCCAGCAAUCAUUUUUCAUGUCUUAGAUAGACUGAAAGAAACGAAGUCUCAAAAAGAAGAUGUUUAA